AUAUCCCAGUGGCCCCCGCGCGGCGACUUCAGCUGCUGCCGCCUCAGCCCCUACACAGCGACGGCGGCGGCUGCGGCUUGGUCGGUGGCGGCGGCGGCUGCGGGCUGAGCGGCGAGUUUCCGAUUUAAAGCUGAGCUGCGAGGAAAAUGGCGGCGGGAGGAUCAAAAUACUUGCUGGACGGUGGACUCAGAGACCAAUAAAAAUAAACUGCUUGAACAUCCUUUGACUGGUUAGCCAGUUGCUGAUGUAUCUUCAAGAUGAGUGGAUUAGGAGAAAACUUGGAUCCACUGGCCACUGAUUCACGAAAACGCAAAUUGCCAUGUGAUACUCCAGGACAAGGUCUUACCUGCAGUGGUGAAAAGCGGAGACGGGAGCAGGAAAGUAAAUAUAUUGAAGAAUUGGCUGAGCUGAUAUCUGCCAAUCUUAGUGAUAUUGACAAUUUCAAUGUCAAACCAGAUAAAUGCACGAUUUUAAAGGAAACAGUAAGACAGAUACGUCAAAUAAAAGAGCAAGGAAAAACUAUUUCCAAUGAUGAUGAUGUUCAAAAAGCCGAUGUAUCUUCUACAGGGCAGGGAGUUAUUGAUAAAGACUCCUUAGGACCGCUUUUACUUCAGGCAUUGGAUGGUUUCCUAUUUGUGGUGAAUCGAGACGGAAACAUUGUAUUUGUGUCAGAAAAUGUCACACAAUACCUGCAAUAUAAGCAAGAGGACCUGGUUAACACAAGUGUUUACAAUAUCUUACAUGAAGAAGACAGAAAGGAUUUUCUUAAAAAUUUACCAAAAUCUACAGUUAAUGGAGUUUCCUGGACAAAUGAGACCCAAAGACAAAAAAGCCAUACAUUUAAUUGCCGUAUGUUGAUGAAAACACCACAUGAUAUUCUGGAAGACAUAAACGCCAGUCCUGAAAUGCGCCAGAGAUAUGAAACAAUGCAGUGCUUUGCCCUGUCUCAGCCACGAGCUAUGAUGGAGGAAGGGGAAGAUUUGCAAUCUUGUAUGAUCUGUGUGGCACGCCGCAUUACUACAGGAGAAAGAGCAUUUCCAUCAAACCCUGAGAGCUUUAUUACCAGGCAUGAUCUUUCAGGAAAGGUUGUCAAUAUAGAUACAAAUUCACUGAGAUCUUCCAUGAGGCCUGGCUUUGAAGAUAUAAUCCGAAGGUGUAUUCAGAGAUUUUUUAGUCUAAAUGAUGGGCAGUCAUGGUCCCAGAAACGUCACUAUCAAGAAGCUUAUCUUAAUGGCCAUGCAGAAACCCCAGUUUAUCGAUUCUCAUUGGCUGAUGGAACUAUAGUGACUGCACAGACAAAAAGCAAACUCUUCCGAAAUCCUGUAACAAAUGAUCGACAUGGCUUUGUGUCAACCCACUUCCUUCAGAGAGAACAGAAUGGAUAUAGACCAAACCCAAAUCCUGUUGGACAAGGGAUUAGACCACCUAUGGCUGGAUGCAACAGUUCGGUAGGCGGCAUGAGUAUGUCGCCAAACCAAGGCUUACAGAUGCCGAGCAGCAGGGCCUAUGGCUUGGCAGACCCUAGCACCACAGGGCAGAUGAGUGGAGCUAGGUACGGGGGUUCCAGUAACAUAGCUUCAUUGACCCCUGGGUCAGGCAUGCAAUCACCUUCUUCCUACCAGAACAACAACUAUGGGCUCAACAUGAGUAGCCCCCCACAUGGGAGUCCUGGUCUUGCCCCAAACCAGCAGAAUAUCAUGAUUUCUCCUCGUAAUCGUGGGAGUCCAAAGAUAGCCUCACAUCAGUUUUCUCCUGUUUCAGGUGUGCACUCUCCCAUGGGAUCUUCUGGCAAUACUGGGAACCACAGCUUUUCCAGCAGCUCUCUCAGUGCCCUGCAAGCCAUCAGUGAGGGUGUGGGGACUUCCCUUUUAUCUACUCUGUCAUCGCCAGGCCCCAAAUUGGAUAACUCUCCCAAUAUGAAUAUAACCCAACCAAGUAAAGUAAGCAGUCAGGACUCCAAGAGUCCUCUGGGCUUUUAUUGUGACCAAAAUCCAGUGGAGAGUUCAAUGUGUCAGUCAAAUAGCAGAGAUCACCUCAGUGACAAAGAAAGUAAGGAGAGCAGUGUUGAGGGGUCAGAGAAUCAAAGGGGUCCUUUGGAAAGCAAAGGUCAUAAAAAAUUACUGCAGUUACUUACCUGUUCUUCUGAUGACCGGGGUCAUUCCUCCUUGACCAACUCCCCCCUAGAUUCAAGUUGUAAAGAAUCUUCUGUUAGUGUCACCAGCCCCUCUGGAGUCUCCUCCUCUACACCUGGAGGAGUAUCCUCUACAUCCAAUAUGCAUGGGUCACUGUUACAAGAGAAGCACCGGAUUUUGCACAAGUUGCUGCAGAAUGGGAAUUCACCAGCUGAAGUAGCCAAGAUUACUGCAGAAGCCACUGGGAAAGACACCAGCAGCAUAACUUCCUGUGGGGACGGAAAUGUUGUAAAGCAAGAGCAGCUAAGUCCUAAGAAGAAGGAGAAUAAUGCACUUCUUAGAUACCUGCUGGACAGGGAUGAUCCUAGUGAUGCACUCUCUAAAGAACUACAGCCCCAAGUGGAAGGAGUGGAUAAUAAAAUGAGUCAGUGCACCAGCUCCACCAUUCCUAGCUCAAGUCAAGAGAAAGACCCUAAAAUUAAGACAGAGACAAGUGAAGAGGGAUCUGGAGACUUGGAUAAUCUAGAUGCUAUUCUUGGUGAUCUGACUAGUUCUGACUUUUACAAUAAUUCCGUAUCCUCAAAUGGUAGUCAUCUGGGGACUAAGCAACAGGUGUUUCAAGGAACUAAUUCUCUGGGUUUGAAAAGUCCACAGUCUGUGCAGUCUAUUCGUCCUCCAUAUAACCGAGCAGUGUCCCUGGAUAGCCCUGUUUCUGUUGGCUCAAGUCCUCCAGUAAAAAAUAUCAGUGCUUUCCCCAUGUUACCAAAGCAACCCAUGUUGGGUGGGAAUCCAAGAAUGAUGGAUAGUCAGGAAAAUUAUGGCUCAAGUAUGGGUGGACCAAACAGAAAUGUGACUGUGACUCAGACUCCUUCCUCAGGAGAAUGGAGCUUACCCAACUCAAAGGCUGGCAGAAUGGAACCUAUGAAUUCAAACUCCAUGGGAAGACCAGGAGGAGAUUAUAAUACUUCUUUACCCAGACCUGCACUGGGUGGCUCUAUGCCCACGUUGCCUCUUCGGUCUAAUAGCAUACCAGCUGCGAGACCAAUAUUGCAGCCGCAGCAACAGCAGCAGCAGAUGCUUCAAAUGAGGCCUGGUGAAAUCCCCAUGGGAAUGGGGGCUAAUCCCUAUGGCCAAGCAGCAUCAUCUAACCAAUUGGGUUCCUGGCCCAAUGGCAUGUUGUCCAUGGAACAAGUUCCUCAUGGCACUCAAAAUAGGCCACUUCUUAGGAAUUCCCUGGACGAUCUUGUCGGGCCACCUUCCAACCUGGAAGGCCAGAGUGACGAAAGAGCAUUAUUGGACCAGCUGCACACUCUUCUCAGCAACACAGAUGCCACAGGCCUGGAAGAAAUUGACAGAGCUUUGGGCAUCCCUGAACUUGUCAAUCAGGGACAGGCAUUAGAGCCCAAACAGGAUGCUUUCCAAGGCCAAGAAGCAGCAGUAAUGAUGGAUCAGAAGGCAGGAUUAUAUGGACAGACAUACCCAGCACAGGGGCCUCCAAUGCAAGGAGGCUUUCAUCUUCAGGGACAAUCAUCAUCUUUUAACUCUAUGAUGAAUCAGAUGAACCAGCAAGGCAAUUUUCCUCUCCAAGGAAUGCAUCCGCGAGCCAACAUCAUGAGACCCCGGACAAACACCCCCAAGCAACUUAGAAUGCAGCUUCAGCAGAGGCUGCAGGGCCAGCAGUUUUUGAAUCAGAGCCGACAGUCACUUGAAUUGAAAGUGGAAAACCCUACUGCUGGUGGUGCUGCGGUGAUGAGGCCUAUGAUGCAGCCCCAGGUGAGCUCCCAGCAGAGUUUUCUUAAUGCUCAAAUGGUCGCCCAACGCAGCAGAGAGCUGCUAAGUCAUCACUUCCGACAACAGAGGGUGGCUAUGAUGAUGCAGCAGCAGCAGCAGCAGCAGCAGCAACAGCAACAGCAGCAGCAACAGCAGCAACAGCAGCAAACUCAGGCCUUCAGCCCACCUCCUAAUGUGACUGCUUCCCCCAGCAUGGAUGGGCUUUUGGCGGGACCCGCAAUGCCACAAGCUCCACCACAACAGUUUCCGUAUCAACCAAAUUAUGGAAUGGGACAACAACCAGAUCCAGCCUUUGGUCGAGUGUCUAGUCCUUCCAAUGCAAUGAUGUCGUCAAGAAUGGGUGCCUCCCAGAAUCCCAUGAUGCAACACCCACAGGCUGCAUCCAUCUAUCAGUCCUCAGAAAUGAAGGGCUGGCCAUCAGGAAAUUUGGCCAGGAACAGCUCCUUUUCCCAGCAGCAGUUUGCCCACCAGGGGAAUCCUGCAGUGUAUAGUAUGGUGCACAUGAAUGGCAGCAGUGGUCACAUGGGACAGAUGAACAUGAACCCCAUGCCCAUGUCUGGCAUGCCUAUGGGUCCUGAUCAGGUAUGGGAUCGAUUCCUUACCUUUUUCAAAAAGUUUUUCUUGUUCUCUGGAUAGAACUAAAGCCUCGGCUAUAAUCAGAAUGUCCUAGGUAUAUUUUAACUUGAAUGUAUAACUUAAAAUACAGUAAUUGAAAAAACUUGGUUUGAAGGCACUGGGCCAUUGGAUACUUUUGGUAAGUCAGAGCUGCAUUGUAAGAUGGGAUGUCAGGAACCUCAGUCACUCAGCUAGAGCUGCACUGUAAGCCAUGAAUGUGGACAUGGGUAUUUUUUUUGUUGUGCAAAGCAUGUGUUUUACUCAAGUUUUUUUUUUUUUUUUUCUGGUUGCUGACAGAAAUACUGCUGACAUCUCUGCACCAGGACCUCUUAAGGAAACCACUGUACAAAUGACACUACUCUAGGAUUAUUGGGAAGGAAUCAUUGUUCCAGGCAUCCAUCUUUGAAGAAAGGACCAGCUUUGAGCUCCGUCAAGGGUAUUUUAAGUGAUGUCAUUUGAGCAGGACUGGAUUUUAAGCCGAAGGGCAAUAUCUACGUGUUUUUUUCCCCUCCUCCUGCUGUGUAUCAUGGUGUUCAAAACAGAAAUGUUUUUUGGCAUUCCACCUCCUAGGGAUAUAAUUCUGGAGACAUGGAGUGUUACUGAUCAUAAAACUUUUGUGUCACUUUUUUUCUGCCUUGCUAGCCAAAAUCUCUUAAAUACACGUAGGUGGGCCAGAGAACAUUGGAAGAAUCAAGAGAGAUGAGAGAUUAGAACAUCUGGUUUCUCUAGUUGCAGUAUUGGACAAAGAGCAUAGUCCCAGCCUUCAGGUGUUUUUGUCACUACCAAGUAGUUCUGUGUUGACCCUUUGUCCAGUGGAAUUGGUGAUUCUGAAUUGUCCUUUACUGAUGGUGUUGAGUUGCUCUGUCCCUAUUAUUUGUCCUAGACUUUCUCCUAAUGAAGGUUUUCAUUUGCCGUUCAUGUCCUGUAAUACUUCACCUCCAGGAACUGUCAUGGAUGUCCAAAUGGCUUUGCAGAAGGGAAAUGAGAUGACAGUAUUUAAUUGCAGCAGUAGCAAACUUUUCACAUGCUAAUGUGCAGCUGAGUGCACUUUAUUUAAAAAGAAUGGAUAAAUGCAAUAUUCUUGAGGUCUUGAGGGAAUAGUGAAACACAUUCCUGGUUUUUGCCUACACUGAUGUGUUAGACAAGAACUACGAUUUUUUUUUUUUUUUUAAAGUACUGGUGUCACCCUUUGCCUAUAUGGUAGAGCAAUAAUGCUUUUUGAAAAUAAACUUCUGAAAACCCAAGGCCAGGUACUGCAUUCUGAAUCAGAAUCUCGCAGUGUUUCUGUGAAUAGAUAUUUUUGUAAAUAUGACCUUUAAGAUAUCAUAUUAUGUAAAAUAUGUAUAUACCUUUUUUUGUAGGUCACAACAACUCAUUUUUACAGAGUUUGUGAAGCUAAAUAUUUAACAUUGUUGAUUUCAGUGAGCUGUGUGGUGAGGCUACCAGUGGAAGAGACAGCCCUUGACUUUUGUGGCCUGGGGGAGGGGUAGUGCUCCCCAGCCUUUCCUUCCCCACCCCCCAGCCUUAGAUGCCUCGCUCUUUUCAAUCUCUUAAUCUAAAUGCUUUUUAAAGAGAUUAUUUGUUUAGAUGUAGGCAUUUUAAUUUUUUAAAAAUUCCUCUACCAGAACUAAGCACUUUGUUAAUUUGGGGGGGAAAGAAUAGAUAUGGGGAAAUAAACUUAAAAAAAAAAAAUCAGGAAUUAAAAAAAAUCAAGCAAUUUGAAGAGGACCUUUUGGAUUUUAAGCAGUCCGAAAUAAUAGCAACUCAUGGGUUUUGUGUUUGUGUAUGUUCAAUUAUGUUACCUUUUCAUCCCCUUUAGGAGCGUUUUCAGAUUUUGGUUGCUAAGACCUGAAUCCCACAUUGAGAUCUCGAGUGGAAUCCUUGGUGUGGUUUCUGGUGUCUGCUCAGCUGUCCCCUCAUUCUACUAAUGUGAUGCUUUCAUUAUGUCCCUGUGGAUUAGAAUAGUGUCACUGUUAUUUCUUAAGGAACUCAGUACCCAGAACAGCCAGUUUUACUGUGAUUCAGAGCUACAAUCUGAGCACCUUUUAAACCCCUCCCUCUUCUGCCCCCUGCCACUUUCUGCUGUUGCCUCUCUUUGACACCUGUUUUAGUCAGUUGGGAGGAAAGGAAAAAUCAAGUUUAAUUCCCUUUAUCUGGGUUACUUCAUUGGGUUCAAAUAGUUGAAGGAAUUGGGUUUCUGAAUAUGAAUUUCAGAGGUCUCUGCUAGCCUUGGUGUCAUUUUCUAGCAAUAAUUGAGAGCCAGUUAAUUUUAAGAAUUUCACACAUUUAGCCAAUCUUUCUAGAUGUCUCCGAAGGUAAGAUCAUUUAAUAUCUUUGAUAUGCUUACGAGUAAGUGAAUCCUGAUUAUUUCCAGACCCACCACUAGAGUGGAUCUUAUUUUCAAAGCAGUAUAGACAAUUAUGAGUUUGCCCUCUUUCCCCUACCAAGUUCAAAAUAUAUCUAAGAUUGUAAAUCCAAAAACUUCCAUUGUAGUGGCCUGUGCUUAUCAGAUAGUAUACUCUCCUGUUUGGAGACAGAGGUACAACCAAGUCAGUCUGUCUCUUUUUCAGCUCAAUCCUUCUUUAAGUUAUGUGUGUGGGGAGAAAUAGAAUGGUGCUCUUAUCUUUCUUGACUUUAAAAAAUUAUUAAAAACAAAAAAAAAAAAUUUUUUUGCAAUCCUUUCCUCAGACCUGGCUCCAGGCUAACUGGAAGGCAGCACUCCCUUUUUUAUAUAGUAGAAAAAUGAAGUUUAUUAUAAGUUUUUAUAUUUUCUACUUGUUCAUUUGGUGCAAACUCAAGAUUUUGAUUGAUUUUCUUUUAAUAGGUGCAGUCUUUGAGACAAUUUGUUUUUACCUGUAUUACCCUUUAUCUUUUUUAGAUAAUUCUUUGUACUCCUGCUGUCUACCUCUCCUCACACUCCAGCACCCCCCAUUUUUUCAAACCUUGGUAUCUGUUGGGUGAGCAGUAUAAUCUUUUUAUCUGCUUUUAGAAUGUGGGAUAUUUCCAGUACCUACUUUUUUUUUGCUGAAUCCAAAGAUAUAUAAAUAAAAAAUAUAUAUUUUAUAAAGGUCAGAAUGAUAUAAAGGAGAUACAUGUUUCUUCCUUUAAAAAAUAAAUGCAAGUUACAUUGUUAAUGUUCAUAUUAUGAUGCCACUUUUCUAAACUUUAUCUGGAUUGAAUGAAAGGUGUAAAUAUCAAUAACAGUGCUACUUAGUUAUCAGUAUUUAAUAUCUGAGGUGUGUUGGGGGUAUCCAUAUUAGGGGUAGGGUAUUACAGAAGAUAAUUGGCUUGAUGUCCUAGAAGUUCUUUGAUCCAGAGGUAGGUGCAGCUGAAAGUAAACAGCAUGGAUUGCCAGUUACAUGUAUGCCUGCCCAGUUCCCAUUUUAUUUGCAGAAGCUGUGAGUUUUGUUCACAAUUAGGUUCCUAGGAGCAAAACCUCAAGGAUUGAUUUAUUGUUUUCAACUCCAAGGCACACUGUUAAUAAACGAGCAGGGUGUUUUCUCUCUUCCUAAUAUAUGGAAUUUCGAAGAAUAAAAUAUGAGAGCAAUAUUUAAAUUCUCAGGAAUUGACUUAUACUCUUGAGAAUGAAUUCAGUUUCAAUCAAGUUUACAUUAUGUUGCUUAAAAAAAUAGAAAUUAUUCUUUAUCCUGCAAAGAAUCGAAACCACAUGAAAUGACUUAUGGGGGAUGGUGAGCUGUGACUGCUUUGCUGACCAUUUUGGAUGUCAUUGUAAAUAAAGGUUUCUAUUUAAAAUUGGA